UUGGAAUAGUCUCAACCUGGCAAAGUUAUAGCGAGGUUUCCCGUAAACACGGGUGUGUGAUCAUAGAUCAAACAGAGCACCGACGUAAUCGAAAGUCUGAGACAGACGGAAGGGGUAAAUCAAAAGGGAACAGGUUCUUAAUUGGAAGCAAUUGCGCCAGGGAACGUAUUCCUUGGGGUGGAAUCAGAGAGGCAAACGGGUAAAUCCGACACGGAGACGCUGCCGAAAAUGCACCGCAGAGCACAUGGUUUAACCAGGCAGAAUAUUCCUACUAACUAAACGUAAAAGCAGCAGAUUUGCCUGUUGAUUACACGGCAAGCGACUGGGUUGUUUCAUUUUCUGCAUUCAGCUCCGCUUCCUCAUCGCCGCAGCCCUCAAGAGUUCACAGGCAGCCAGGACCGACGCAGGGAGAGGGGAGACGGUUAAGUACCGGGCAGGAUGGGCAACAACAACCUCAAGGAAGAUCCCAGAGAACUGGAGCGAAGAAAUAACCAACUGUCCACUUGUGAAAGAAAGACAGAGUGUUGUCAAAAACCAGUUACCUCACACGAUCCCCUUUUCUUCCAUCCGUACACCAAAGGGUCCCAGAUAAAGCUGGAUUCAUCCAAUCAGUGUGCAUGGAGAAAAUCUGGAUUCUGCAAUGGGAUCACUUUUACCAACCGUCCCAUCCUCAUCCAGGAGAAAGUGAAAGUGAAGAUCACAAAGAUGGAUGUCGCAUGGAACGGAGCAUUGCGAUUAGGCUGCACUAUAUUUAACCCUUCCCUCAUAGAUCCCAAUGCACUUCCAAAGUUCAUCUGCCCAGACCUGGAGGAUGUUCAUGGGUUCUGGGCCAAAGCAUUACCAGAGGAUUUUAUACAAGAGGGAGCCAUCAUUUCUUUCUGGGUGAACAAGCAAGGCUUUUUCAUGUAUCAUGUGAACGGAGGGAGGAAAUACCAUCUUAUGGAAGGGUUGUUGGUGGAUCACCCAUUGUGGUUGAUGGUGGAUGUGUAUGGAACAACUCGAGGAGUUCAACUCCUAGAUCCCUGCAUGAAAUUUGUAUCCCAGAACAAGUUACCAGAAUGGCCAUCUGUCACUGUCAGAAGUGAUGAACCUCAAACAUUGCAGACUCGGGCACCUGUUUUUUCUGCAAUACCCAACAAUGGCCAUUCUGAACCCAGUCCUCGCAUUUCCAAGCCACUGACAAAUAACCAUCCCCAGAGCUCCAAGUCCCUGGAUGAAGACUGUGUAGUUUGUUUCUCACACCAAGUGAACUCUGUUAUAUACAAAUGUGGACACAUGUGUAUGUGCUAUGGCUGUGGGCAGAAGCUCUUCAGCAGGAAAUCAACAUGCCCAAUCUGCAGACAACCGAUCAAGGAGAUCAUCAAGACAUUCCGCAGUUAAUGCCUCAAGACUAAUGCAUGGACUUGGUCUGUUGGACAGGACAAGUGACCAUCACUUGAAUAUAAGCAGCUUGGAUUACUGCAGUACAAAACACAUGUUUUGCGGCAGUUGGACACAUAAUCCAAUAAAAGAUAAUACAAAUAUGAUUACAAGCAGUACACUUUGUUAUGGAAGUCCAAUCUAAAUGUGACAUCUUCAGAGAAGGUUGAAACACAGGAAAGCCGGGAGAAGGAUGAGAUGGAGAGGACAGGGAUGAUGAUGGAGAAACAGAUCUGAAAAGAAGGGGCAGGUUGUGAGGGAGAGGGAAAGCCUGAAAUAGUAGUAAAAUGAAAUUUGGAUGAAACAGCAGGAAAGAUCAAGGAGUGUCAAUUUAGUGAGGACAUGUCCCCAGUCAGUGAGGUAGUCGGAAAGCUGGAGCAAGCAGCCAACAAUGUUAUUAAAGAGGAAGCGAUUACAACCAAUUAAUCAAAGAGAAGUUCAUGAUUUAGAGACUGCUGAAGGGGACAACUAGGAGAGGUAAAAGGUAAAACAAGCAGAUUUCACUGGAAAUAAAUUGCACCCAGUGUCGAUAUGUGAGCCAUAACAUUUCUCAACCCUUUCUGGAUCAGUAUUGUCCAGAAUUUCAAAUAAUACCUAUUUAUACUCAGUCAGCUCUCUGCACUUGAGAGACAUAUUUGCCUCCCUCCUCUUUCGAUCAAGCAGCUGGUAUGUGGGCUUUAUGAAGUCCUGACAAAGGGUCUUGGCCUGAAACGUCAAUUGUUCAUUUCCCUCCAUAGAUGCUGCCUUACCCGCUGAGUUCCUCCAGCAUUUUGUGUGUGUUGCUCCAGAUUUCCGGCACCUGCAGUCUCUCUUAUGUCUCCAAAAGUUUGUAUUAACCUGUCUGGGGCGGAUCAGUGUGUGUGUGGUAAACAUUUGGGAUUUACAGUAGAUCACUAGUGAGGGUUGACAUUGAAUGAUGGGCAACUGCAGGACUCAGAUAUGUAACAUUUUGGUUCAGUACUGUAGCUUUAAACCACAAACCAGCCAUUACAGCUCUGAAAUGUCAACAACUCAACAGAGCCUGGAGAUUGCAAUUGAGCCCUUUACUACAAGGGCUUGUAAGUAGUUUUUCUGUUGAUAAUUGUAAAUAGUUUUUCUGUUCCAUAACACUCAAGGGUCUCUGCACUCAUCCAAUCCUCCUUCUUGCACAUUCUGAAUUUUAAUCACACUACCAGGGAUGACAUUCCUUCACUUGCCAAGGCCCUCACCACUACCAUUUGCGCCCCCCCCCCCCAAGCCUCUUGUUUUCAGGUACUCUGCACACCCCCUUUGACCAGACUAUUAAUCAUCGUCCUAAUGUCUCCUGCACCUGUAUCAGAUUUUGUUUUAUAAUGCAAACACAUGCAGGUACAUCCACAACCUUGCAUUUUGCAUCUUUUUGGGAUGGUUAACAGGGGCCCUGAUUAUAUCUCCACCCAACGCCACCUGCGCAGGCAUCUGGCAAAUGGUCAUAUAAAUUAAGUUGUUGUGACAUUGUAACUGUGUGACCCCUACAGUAUAUUUUUAAUUGAAUUGUAGUGUUAUAAUGUGGUGCUUUUGUACAAAGGAUAUAUAUUU